AUGGCUGGCGUUUGUAGCAGAUUUGCUUUUGCGACCGCAACAACUAUAGAGGACAUGAAAAACUGCUCCAAAAACGAAAACACUGCAAAAAGCACCGAUUUGUGGCUCUCUGUUUGGAAGAAGUGGUGCUUAGAGAAGAAAAUUACAGAUGAAAUAGAAAAUUAUGAGCCGGCUGAGCUUAACACUUUGCUCGAGCAUUUCUACGCCGAAGUAAAAAAUAAACAAGGUGAAGAUUAUGAACCAGAAAGCCUCAAAGUAAUGGUGGCAUCGCUUGACAGACACUUAAAGAACAAAGGCUACACCUUGUCCAUUGUACGUGACCGAGAACUUAGUUCGUCCAAACAGGUGUUGGAAGGCAAAACGAAACAGCUUCGCUUGGCUGGCCGUGGUAAGCGCCCAAACAAAGCUCGACAAGUAUCAGAGGAGGAAGAAGAAAUUCUCUGGAAGAGCGGAAAACUCGGAGGUAAUAACCCAGAAUAUUUAAUUCAAAAAAUGUGGUGGCUCCUUACCGAACACUUUGGUCUUCGUGGAAGGCAAGAACACCACGGAAUGAGACUGGAGGAUUUCAGAAUCAUGAACGGUGACGACGGCAUCAAAUUUGUUGAGUUUGCAGAGGGGCCUACGAAAACGAGACCUGGAGGUUUGAGUGCAAAGCCAAGACAGUUCCAGCCCAAAAUGUUUCAGACCGGGGAAGGAAAAUGUCCAGUUGCUUUAUUUCGUCAGUACAUUAGCCGUAGACCUCCCAAUCUGAGGACGAGUGGUCCGUUUUAUCUCUCGAUAAAGUACAACAAGUAGUAGGGCUUCAGCAAACUUAACCCCCUUUGGUGGAUUCCCUUUGGAUUCCCUCGCAAAAAGUGGAUUCCCUUAAUUAAUAGGCAUAUGGGUCUAGUCAAUGACGUCACCCAUUGUUAUAACCUAGGGAAAAAAUGCGUUCCUUCAUAUUAAUUAAGUGCCUAGUCAGUGCCUUCCUCCAUACUAAUUAAGUGCCUAGUCACUGCCUUCCCGCAUACUAAUUUGGAUUUCCUGCAUACUAAUUAAGUGCCUUCCUCCAUAUAUAAUGAAGUGGAUAGGUUUACUAAUGAGCGUCACUCUACUACAAUAGGAACAAUAGGCUUGACUAGACUUGCCCGGGCUCUUUUAACCCUGAUUGGAUAGUAAACAAUCUAUUAUGUGCUCAACAUAAAAGCGCGCUCUCCGUUCAGCAUAUUACUAUUGCAAUCGCUUUGCUAAGGAAAAAGUCUUAUUAUCACCAAUAUUACUCCAAACAUACAAGUCGAAUCGAGCGCUACACCGCUUCUGACAGUAGAUGAAGUGGAAAACGUCCAACGUCAACGGGUAGCUAGCCUUAUCGGUCAUGUGUUCCAACUGACUUAUGCGGCUACGGUUGACAAACUCAUCCAAGAACAAAAGCUGAAUCGCUGCCACGGUUGUGCUAUUCAACACCCAAGUCAAAACCAACAUUCUUGCCUGGUUAUGGAUAAUGAUGACGCAUGGAUGUAUUACCAUGAUGAAGUGGUGGAACAAGUUGACCUCAAUGUUAUCUUAAAAACGGCUGAAAGUGUGUGCAGUGCUCUUGGUUUCAAACUUGGCAAAACGUGGGAAGCGUACGUGACCGAAUUACCAAAGCUGCCUUGGACUAACAUCUAUCUCACUUCCUUGGAACUCGAAGAUUACGGUGAGUUAGAAGAUCGAAUUCUGUAUGCUAUUUACUACGGACCCUGUGGACUGAAGUGCAAAGAUCCCAGUGCUGUGGAAAUUGACAGCCAAGUUGAAGUGCAAUGCCCUGAGAGAGUUGUGAGGAAAGAUGAACAACCAAUGGACCUUGACUUGAUAAUUAAUGACAUUCAAAAUAAGCUUUGUUUCUAAAAGUAAUAAAAUUUGUUUAUAUCUUAAUUGUGAGUCAGUGUGUGUUUGUCUCUGUCUUUGUCAAGAUGGGGCUUUCUCUGUCUUUGCUUCGAGUCGACUUUUCCCUGUAUCGCGCACAAGCCAAAACAUUGAAAGUGUCUUCAAGUGAAAUGGAAAUGCUUCAACAAAAACUUAAAGAUAUGCCGGGUUCGAGUCUGGAAAAGUUGAAAAAACUCCACUCUGAGGUCUUUUCAAAAGUAAACUGGGGACGAUUGGUGGUAUUUUUGAACUUCGCGGAUCAGCUAGAACUAACCGAGGAGGAAUGGGAACUAUUAUUUAAUUUUCUCGUGCCCACUCUUACCCAGAUUCGAGAGUAGCUAUAUAAGUAAACACGAAGAAAAAAGAAAUCAUUCAGCUUUGAACCUUCAUAACAAUCACUAGUAAUGGGUUGCUGGCCAUCUUCACCCUCUCUGGUAUUAGAGCGCAUUUUCAACCGCAUUCGUUGCGUAUUAGCCUGUUGCGGGGGUCAAGUUAUUGUACAAAAUUCCGAGUUCUGUGAUGGAGAAAACACUGACCAGCAUUUAUCUCGACCCAAGUCAACCCGCAAGUUUCGGUGGUUUAGAUGCUGUUUACAGAGCAGUCAAAGAGAAAGGAAAGAACAAGAUAUCGCGUAAACAAGUUCAAGAUUGGUUGAGUCAGCAAGAUGUUUAUACUCUUCACAAGCCCGCGCGGAGACAUUACAAAAGAAGUCGAGUCAUCGUUCCCGGUAUUGAUGCACAAUUUCAAGCAGAUCUGGUCGACGUUCAAAAUCUCAGCCGAUACAACAAGGGAUAUAAAUACCUACUGACGUGUAUAGAUAUCUUCAGCAAGUACGCUUUUGUGUUACCUUUGAAGACAAAACAAGGUCAAGAACUGGUCCAAGCCUUUCAAAAGAUCCUUUCUACUGGUCGCAAACCUACUAAACUGCAGACGGAUCAAGGAACAGAGUUUCUAAAUCGCGUGUUCCAGAAAUUGCUGCGUGACAACAACAUUGACUUUUUUACUGUUAACUCUGGGCUCAAAGCCUCAGUGGUUGAGCGUUUUAACCGAACAUUUAAGAAUAAGAUGUACAAAUAUUUCACGGCCAAAAACACUCUCACCUAUAUCAAUGUAUUACCCCAGUUAGUAUCUUCUUACAAUAACACCUACCACCGAAGUAUUAAAAUGAAACCAAGUCAGGUAACUAAAAAGAACGAAGCUCAAGUGUGGGAUACUUUGUAUGGGGAUGAUGUUCAAAAGCCUGUGCGAUAUAAAUUUCAAGUAGGAGAUCGCGUGAGGAUCAGCAAAGUAAAGAGAACGUUUGAAAAAUCGUACUUACCUAAUUUCACCGAAGAAAUUUUUACUGUUUACAAGCGAAUGGCUCGUCAAGUCCCCGUUUAUAAACUAAAAGAUGAUGCAGGUGAAAUCUUAGAUGGCACAUUUUAUGAGCCUGAAUUGCAGAAAAUUAUUAAGAAUGAUGAUGUGUACCGCAUUGAAAAGAUUUUGCGGAAGAGAAAGCGUAAAGGAAUAGUUGAAUACUUUGUAAAAUGGAAAGGGUACCCAGACAAGUUUAAUAGCUGGAUAGCAGAAAGUAAUAUCUCAAAGUUGUAACAUUUUGUGUGAAGCCAAUAAAAGGGUUAUUUUAACUGAAAACAAUUGUUGUUGUGUGGUUUCUAAUAAAUUAAGAGUACCCAGAUUAAAAAGUUCAUUUGAACACACGAAACGAUGGAGGUAACACAGUUUUAUCUGCACCUCCCUAGCAAUAGCAGCCUCGAUAAAUUUCCUCAUAACACAUUAACAGAGUACCGAGUUAGUUUACCACAAACCCUAAACCUUACAGGCGAAUGGGAAGUGGCUUUGACCGAGAUCCAUUAUCCGCAUAGCUGGAAUAAUAUUCAACGGUUUCGAUUUUACGUUCGAAAUGAAAAACUCCACGGUGUUUGGGACUCCCUGGAGAUGAUUUCGGGUCAUUAUUCUUCCAUUGAAGAUAUCUUAUCAAAGAUGAAAGAGUUAGUGGACAAUGAAAAUCGGUAUACAGAUGAUGUACGGUUUUCAUACGAUAAUCUCAGCAGAAAGGUUACGGUUCAUUUGAAAAACAACGCAGAAGUCUCGUUAAAUGAUAUGGCCUAUAUGCUGGGGUUCACUCCCGAACAAACUAUUUCAAAGACCACCACGGGCGACAGACAAGUGGAUUUGGAGUAUGGUUUUCACGAUCUUUUCGUUUACUGUGAUCUUAUUCAGUCACAAUAUGUUGGUGAUGCACUGGUCCCUUUGCUUCGAAUUGUUCCUGUAGAAGGAGAGGUCGGUCAGUGAGUCAGUAAAUCGUUUGUGCGCCCUCAAUAUUUACCUGUCAGCAGAAAGCAAUUUGAAACCAUCGAAGUCAAUAUAAAGCGAGACACAGGGGAAUCUGUGCCAUUUGAGUUUGGAAGAGUGUUGUUAACACUUCAUUUUCGUCAGAGUCAACCUCAGUACUUUUAAAAAUGAAAAAACUCCACGCUCCAAAUCAUAAGUUUUACGAACAGUACUAUGUAGAUCAAGCCAAGCAAAAAGGUGGAAAUUUACCCGCAUUUCACGGAGCUCGAUUUCAGCGAGGUUAUGGCUUAGGAUCCAUAUUUAAAGGUCUGUUCCGCUGGGCGAUACCUCACCUGCAGCAAGGUGCUAAGGUGAUUGGAAAAAAAGCUUUACAAACGGGUGUCAAUGUUGCCCAAGAUGUACUUGGCGGAGAUAACAUUAAAACAGCAAUCAGCAAACAGGCUAAACAAGCUAUAGGUAACAUGACGUCCCAGAAGUCACAGCAAGGACAGUCAGGUGCAGGCAAAAAGGCUAUAAAAAGGAAAGCGCAAGGCUCAACAAUCAGUUCGCCUCCAGGAAAGAAAGCAAAAACAUCUCCACAGCAGAAGAAAUCGAAAACCAUUUUUGAUAAAGAAUAGAAUGGCCUUCGUUCAUCACGAGUCUCGCGAGUGUACUAAAUCAGAGCUGGAUCUUUUUACUAUUCCUGCUACACAAACCUCUAUUCACAAAGGGCAAUGGAUUGAAUAUCAUCCUCUCAGCAACAUCACGGACACUGGUCCUAUUGAAUUUAACGUAUCUGGAACCGGAGAAGAAUAUUUAGAUUUAGCGCGAACACAACUUUAUGUGAAAGCUAAGAUCACGAAAGCAAACGGAACUGCGUUAGAUGUCGAUACACAAGUGGGUCCCGUGAACCUGUUUCUACAUUCCCUGUUUUCACAAGUAGACGUUUCGUUGAAUGAGCGAUUGAUCUCUCCAUCCACUAAUACUUACCCUUAUCGUGCCAUGAUCGAGUCUUUGCUGAACUACGGAGAAGAAGCUAAAACAAGUCAACUUUCUAUGGCUAUGUUUUACAAAGAUACUGCUGGAAAGAUGAAUGUAGUGAACCCCUUGGCUGCAGACGAUGAAGCAAACCUUGGAUUAAAGGCUCGCUAUGAGUUUACCAAAGAGAGUCAUACGGUGGAUAUGAUGGGACCCAUUCACAGUGAUAUAUUCUUUCAAGAUCGGUUGAUGCUCAAUGGAGUGAAUUUAAGAAUCAAACUGAACCGAGCCAAGAAUGUGUUUUGUCUUGUGUCCUCAGCAGCCGCAGCUAAUUUCAAAGUGGUUAUCACAGAAGCCAUCUUGUUUGUACGCAGAGUCAAGGUUGCCUCCUCUAUCAUUCUAGGCCAUGCAGCUGGGCUAAAACACUCCAGCGCCAAGUACCCCAUUCGCAGAAUCGACUGUAAAGUACUCUCUAUUCCAAGAGGAUUUAGCGGUUUUAACCCUGACAACAUCUUUUUGGGUCAAAUUCCCAAGCGCAUAGUAUUGGGAUUAGUGGACACAGAGGCUUACAAUGGGAGUUACCGUACCAACCCCUUCAACUUCAAUCACCACAAUUUAACUCAAGUGGGUGUGUACGUGGACGGAGAACAAAUCCCCCGAAAACCUUUGUUCCUGAAGUUUGACGCCGCUGAUGGUCAAAAUGUGAUAGCCGGCUAUCAAAGUCUUUUCUCUGGUACUGGAAAGCUUUCCCAGGAUACGGGCAAUCAGAUAAAUAGAAGUGAUUAUGGCUCUGGUUACACCUUAUUCGCUUUUGAUUUGACCCCAGAUCACUGCCCAGGAGAUCAUUUUGAGCUUAUAAAACAAGGAAAUCUACGCUUGGAGCUUCAUUUCUCGGAAGCACUCGCCAACACUGUUAAUCUUAUCGUCUACGCUGAAUUUCAAAACGUGAUUGAGGUCGACGCAAACAGAAACGUUCUCUACGACUACACAAACUAAAAUGGACACCAUUCAACUGACCCUUAUUUUGAGAAAGGAUAAAUUUACACGAGGUGUGUUUCAAGGCGUGUAUCCCUCAGACAAGCUGCCUGCAAGUGUUUCGCAAUAUCCAGCCCUAUACAUUGCCAAUGUGGAUACGAGUGACAAGCCAGGUUCGCAUUGGGUGGCGUUUUAUUUCACCAAGGAGCAAGAGGGAGAAUUUUUCGAUUCUUACGGAGCACCUCCCAGCAAAUAUUCGGGAACAUUUACUACCUUUUUAAACAACAAUUCUAACCAGUGGAUUUUUAAUACCGUGACAUUACAGAGCAUCUAUUCCAAAGUCUGCGGACAUUACUGUUUGUAUUUUGCUUUAUAUCGUAGUCGGCAAAUAAGUAUGAGUACAAUUGUGCAUCGUUUUUCUAAUAACACACGUAAAAAUGAUAGUCUUGUCAAGCGAUUUAUUGAAAAACAUUUUCCUAUAAGUCUUCCGAAAUAUCGCACUGAUGUAAACAAGCAAAGAGCACAAGCACAGCACAAAGUUCAAUAAAUAAACACCUUGUAAUUUCUUUUCAACAUCUUUUAUUGAGUGAACAAAAUAAAGAGAUGAUUUACAAUGAUAAUAAUAAUGUCUCUUGUGGUGAUUUUAUACCCGUAACCAGCGCACAGCCUCAGGGCGUGGACUCGCAUUUCUUCGCCGCUGUUUUUUCACGGGGGAUACCGUCACAGGUGGGCUAGGUAGCCAACGGGAAGGACUGUUAGGGGUUUCGUCUCUCACUCUUGCUUUAAAUUCUCGAACAGCACUUUGCCUCUGUGGAUUACGCACUAGAUUUUCCGGGACAUUCAUUCGGGCCAGACCCCUCGCAAACACCGACCAUCCUACUGGUUCAAAUCCUUUGCGGUGGCGCAAUGUGUCGUUGACUAGGUCCACCAGAUGAGAACCUGGAAUGGGUUUGGUUUCAUACAAAAGCUCUCCUUUAUCAUUCCAAUGCAAUACAUCUUGAUGCUCUUUAAUUUUAUCCAACAAUUGUCUAGCCCCGGCUUUGUAAAUUUUGGGUACACUUCUCAUGACCUCUGCCUCUACGGCUGAUGAAGUGAAUUUUUCCGGGACAGGUUCUUCCGAAGGUUGUUCAUUUUCUUCUGGUUUAGGUGUUUCUACUGCUUUGGGGGUUGAUAUUUUCACAUGAAGAGGUUGACCUUUUCGCUGAUCGUAAUAAGUCAAGUACCGCUGCAACACUUGAUUGUAAAGCCUAGCUUUUUGUUCAUCAUCAAGUUCUUUACUGGAUAAAAUAUCGGUCAUUUCACUAUCCAAGUUUCUCAGAGUUUGUGUGACGGGUGGGGUUAAAAUCUGCUGGCGCUGCUGUAAUCUUUCCAAGGUGUUCUCGGGCACGAGAACCAUACGCUUUGUGUGAUUCAUUUUAGGUAAGAAUCGAACUUAACGCACGGAGAACGGGAGGUAGCAAAACACUUAAAAAAUUUCCUCCGUGUUGUACCAACAAUUUCUUUUUCUUAUCGAGUGGUGUGCGUUUUUCGGCUAAGGCGAUCAAAGAUUUCUUGUGAGGUAAAAGUUUUUUCUUGGCUGGCUUACUGACAGGCACUGUUCCUUUAAGCACGUUUAAAACACACUCACAAAUGGUUCUUACUAAAGGGUCGUCUGCCACCUUCAAAAUGGCUUUACGCUGAGCUGGUGUACACUUGACAAGCAGUUUCAGAAAAUCGUGGUUCUUUCUAAGUCGCUGUGCCAUCCUCAACUGAAGAAAUUUGAUGUGGUUCACGCUUUUUAUACUUUUCUGACGUAAGCGUACUGAGUCUCCCCGGGGAAAAUAUUCGUACGCAGCCGGAAGUCGGUAGGUGUUUCCGGUUUAAGAUCACAAAAUAGAUAUCCAUAGGGCCUUUUUGUUGCAUCCUCAAACGCUUCUUGCAUGUAUUUGACAUGACCGGGAAACAUUUGUCUUGCUAAAUGAUUGACUUGACUGCUAUCACGCGGGCUUUUGAACACUACUAAGUAAUGAGAAUUCAAACUCAUAUCUCUCAGUUCUUUUCCACGAUGAAAAAUGUUUUGGAGAAUAAAGAUCACGCUGAGAUUGCGAUGGUGACAGCCCUUGGUAAACAAAUUAGUCAUUCGCUGAUCAUUGCUAACCUCGUGCAUUAAGUCAUCAAUGACGACUAAAUUCCGCAUAGAGGGAUUAAUUAGGGUUUCCAGAUCACCAGGCACUCCUUCAACAAACAUAAUGUUCGGAAUAGUUUGAAGCAUCUCAUCGUAGGCUGGUUGAUACAUGCUAUAACACCAGAUGAUAUUUGCCGGGGCACCAUCAAUCAUGUCUUCUCUUGCUUCUAGUAAACGUUUUACAAACUGACUUUUCCCACAACAUGUUGGGCCGGCCACAAGCCCGGGGAAAGGAUGUUUCCAUCUCGGGUCCAUGAUCACAACUGAUUAACUGAUUUGUGCGUACUCUCAUUUAUAGAAAAAAAUUGUUUUGGGUUCAGCCUCCUUGUCAUACACACGAAUCACAUUGGUAUUUUGUAAUUUUGCAAAUUGAAGCCAAUAUUUUCGUUCUAUUUCCGAUAACUCGUGGACUUGAGUUAAAUGAUUUGCUAAUCGAACUAAGAAUUUAGAAUGACAUCCCGGUAUGGGGCAGUGUUUACAUUUUAGUUUCUUCAUGCUGACAGGGCGAAUGUUAGAUACCAACUGAGUAAAACUAUUUGCGACACGAAAUUUAUUGUUGAUUUUCAAGGGCAGUUCGGGCAGAAAGGGCAGAAAGGGCAUCUUUUUAGCCCUGUGUUUUUUUCCCCUGGGCGCGCGUGGAGAUCUCGCGUGUAAGUCGUGCGCGUCGAGUCAGGAAACAAGCCACGAUUAAAUUCAACCAAUGAUUUAUUUACAAACUAAUUUCCUAUGUACAAACAUCCGUGAAAAGCUAGGCAAAAAUAGUAUUUACAACUAGAGGCGAUCUUAUAUAAAUAUUUCGGAAAACUAUUUUGAGAGUAAUAUAUACGCAAACUUGAGAAAAUGAAAAUUAUUUACAAAAUCCAUUUUUUACAAACUUGAAAACUUAAAUUUCGAGUGGAGUGGUGCUAACUCCAUCAGCCAAAACUUUACGUUUCGGGUAAAAAUACGAAAAGGCAUCCCUAACUUGCUCAUAAGUGUACAUAGUAUUAUUUACAACUCUGAACCCUCGAUUCACCCCAGCACUAUUCUGUUUUGUAAGUAAGACAUUAAGGUAUUUAUCUUUGUUAAUGUCAUUGCAUUUCUUAUUGACACCCUUACAACUAAACUUAUCUUUGGCCCCAAAACAGUAGUAGGUUUUGGAACAUAAACCCACGAUUCCUUGUCCCUCCCACUCAACUUUAAAAAGACCUGGCUUUCUCUUAUCAUAGGCCUUAUGUUCCGCAGUGUCGGUACGGGGAAACCAGUUACAUUUAUCAGCUUCGAACUCUGCUUUCAAUUCUGGUUUGACUAAACUUUCCACACUCUCUCCAGCAAUAGCAAUAUACGCUGAAUCCGUAUCCAUUUCACACAUUUGGAAAUCUGAGCGGUUUAGAUAUUUGUCUAAGAAAUCAUAAUAAAACUGUAGCAUGCGAAGUUUGGCAUACUGGUACACAAAAAAGCCUACUUGAAUGGGUAGAUUUAAUUUAAUGGAUUUUUUGCAAGACUGCACUUCAUAAGUAUCUUCAGUGAUGUUUUCUAGUUUACGAAAAAGGUGGGUGUUCACUUUUCGGCUGGCCUGAGCGUCACUGCAAUACUCCACGUUUCUGUGUUUCAGUUGGUUGGUGAUCGUCUUACCAUAACCUGAAUUACCCACCUGAGAGAUGAACAAAGAUAUAAGUUUUUUCUAUACGUGAAAAUGUAUAUUGUUCCCAUCCCUUUAUGAAUGAAAGAAUGAAACAAAAAACUUACCAAUUUCAUGGUAUCUGCAAUGAUGGCUUUACUGGGGUCCGCAUCUCCGGCUCUCCUCGCGUCUGACACCGCAUCCCCAAACGGUUUGAAGCAGGGUUGAGGGGUGAACUCGAUCACUUGGUGCACUUUCAUGACCUCUAAACCAUGUUCCAGGUACCAUUUGAGGAGGGGUGUGGCCAACAAGAUUUUUUCUCCUUUCAUGCUCCCAAUCAAACUGCGACGGGGUUGAGCCAUAAUGUUGUGCUCCUCGGCGUACGCUUUCAUAAAGUCUCCAAUAUCAUCGCGGCUGAUUUCUGUGUUCUUGAAGAUCGGGCACAUUUCACUAAACUUUUCCUUUAAGUGAUCUGGUACACGAAUAUCUACUUCCACGCACCCGAACAAACGCUCAUGUCGCACCUCGCUCAAUAUUCGUUCGGGACUCAUGAUCUUGACUUGAUCCAGGGUUCUUCUCACUUCGGUGGCAAUAAAACGCCGUAGUUCUCGGUUGGUUCUCUUCAUUUCUCUCCACUGACAUUCAUACAUUUCCACCACGUUGUACCCUUUGCUGCGGAUAUACUCCGUGUUGGCUCUCGUUUCUUCUCUGAUCUCAGCCAUAGGUUUCUUGCGUUUCUCGUUAAACUCUUUCCCUCGGUUGAGAGCACAGUCAUGGCCGUGCCAAUAACAGCCGUGAAACUGGUACGCAGUUUGCGUCUGCGCGUUGAAACCGUCCACAGGCAGUUUACGACCACCGAUGCGCUUUUCUGUAUUGUUUAACUGAUGUCGGAUGUGAAUUCCCUCUUUGUGCGCCACCCAUUCCAACCAUUCAAUAGCCAUGCGUACAGAACUUUUCGGUUUGAACUCAUUGUCCGACAGGCGUCUCGUAUAACUUCCCGUGGGCAUAUCUUGCAUGAGCGCCCAGAGGUACAAAGCGUUCGCGUCAUACCCCACGAUCUUCUCGCACAGCUUAGCAGCCUCGCCUUCCUCUGCUUCUCUGAUCUUUGUUUUGCCGGCUUCAUGAUAUCGGUGGAAAAUAAUACUUGGGCCGCCCGUGUUGUUGUCUUUGAUCAGAUGGUAGAGAUCACUGUUCGCUUGAUCGAAGAGACUGAAGUAAGUUUGAGGUGAAAGAUAAGAGAAGAGGUACUUGAGGGUUAAACCAGGGACAGAAAUGCCAUCUUUAAACAUAUCGAUCUUUCUCUCCUGCCAGAACUGACUCAUUUUCUCUACAGCCUCGAGGAAAGGAACGACAUCCAAAUUAUUGUACCAGAUUAAGAACUCUUGAAAGGUGGACAUUUCAUUUUCUUCCCAUACUUGCUGGCAGUACUCAUAUUCUUCUUCUGUAAUGUUUUGGUUCUUCAGACUUGAGUAGAAAGCUUCAUGCGGGGGCAGCGAUGUUUCUUCGAGCUUGUCCAGGCUGUCGAUCCACUCGUAAGGGAAGAAACCUUUGGUUUGCUCGCAUUCAUACGCUCUUAGAAACUGGUCAUAGCUGAAACCCGGCGCGACAUAGUUCGAAAUGUCCAGAAAUUUUAAGGAGUUUGUCUUGAGACACAUAUGGUUGCUGUUUCUUUUGACAGUGAACUUGAUGGGUUGAGACUCAAUAAGGUAGGGAAAUACAAAUUCUUUCACAGCGUUGACAUCGUACUUGCCAGAGUUGAAGCCUAGCACGGGCAGUUCUUGUAAGUAUGCGUUCAGUUUUUCAGCUAGCUUUGUUAAGACUUUGUUGUCGCUAAUCUGCUCUUGACCAAACAACACAUCUUCGUACUGGGCUAGCUCAUCUCGCUGUUGUCUCCUCUCUUGUCUCCUCUCAGUAUCCAACUCAACGUUCAGUCUUCUGUAAAAGGAAGGGUCGUUUUCUGUUACCUCAUCAUUGAGAAACGCGCGAUCUUCCUCAUUCUCCGGUUCGAUUUCUUCCUCGUCGUCAUCGUCAUCACUUGCCAUCAAAUCGAUAUCUCUUUCGUAGUCACUUAAUUCUUCAUCAUUAUCUUCCCCUUCUUCACUUUCAGCUUGCUGACUACCCUCCUGGAUAUCAACAAGUAUUUGCGCUAAUUGGUCUUCUGUUGAGUCAUCGCGGUUAGGUACUUGCUUCAGUGCUUCAAACACAGGUGCAAACUGUUCACUGAGAAUAGAAGAACUUUUCAGGCUUAUCUUGGUGAGGUACUGCAUAAAUUCUGUAAUAAACACGUUUGGGUCGCCGUUAGACACAAAACAUUUCGGUGCUUGGUAACCAGGCACGUUACUGCAUACACUCACACUGAGGGGAACAUGGGCGGAUUGCCAGGUUAACUUUUCAGUGUUCUUUAAUUCUUGAGCUUUCUUCUUGUCAAAGUAACAUUCAAAAUCGAAGGUGGCUCUGUAAGGGAAGUACCGCCAUUCUUCAGGAACGACAAUACCUUCGUCUUCUAAUUCUUCAAAGAUAGUUUUAGGGACAUGGUAAGCUCCGCCAGGGUACUUCAGCUGGACUUUGCCGUCACAGGUUUUCUCAUGUUGCCUUAAAUUACUUGCGCGUUUCCAGUACUUGCCACAUCUUGAACAGCAGAAGGAUUUACUGUACCGGGCGAGAUCUUUAAUAUACGAGAAAUGGUUUUCGUACAAGUUCAAGUAAAGCGUGCUGGAGUAGUGGCGGUGAGAGCGGCGAAGCAGGGUGGCGGCAAUCUCGGGAGUAUUUUCUUCAUUGUCUUCGUCUUUACUGUGGCUCUGAGUAGGCGCGAGACUGUAUACUUGAAUAUUCACUUCAUACAAUUUCUCCAACUCGUCUAGUUCGGACAGCUUGACCCCAUGGAACUUCUUUUUUCCUAACCCGGCGUCUCGAUACUGUUGGUAAUAGUACUGCGUGUCCCUCUCUAAAUUCUUCGUGUAGCAACCGUUGUGGAGGGCCAGACAGCGAAAAAAACACAGAUUAUCUUCAUAAGGCUUACCUCUUUGAAUGUUUCGAUCGAGUGGGGUGAUUCCCAGGUUGUCCACGAUAUAACCUGGUAGAUAUUUGCCACGGCCAAUCGGGUGGUCUCGAAUCUUCCAAACAAACCAGGUAACAUUCGUCACGAGAUCCACGACCCAUUUUGAAUUUGGUCUCUGCUGUCGCACCCACUCCAAGUAAUCGAUCUCCGCUAUCUGCUGAUAUAGGCGCUCUAAAUCGUCUGGACUUGAAAUCAGGAACGGUUGUUCUAGCACCAAAUGGUUGUUCGCGGAUGGAUGAUGAUACUGGAGGGCCCCAGUCUCUGUAUUACGGAGAAUAAAACCAAAAGAAAAGUUGAUUUUGAAAACUGUAGGCUGAUCAGCAAAGAUGCGGUUCAGUUGUUCGCGGAGGGAAGCAGGACUGAUCGAAGACAGGCGGAAAUUGUACCAGUCUUGUAAACGGUUACGGCGACUAAAUCGGGUACGGAUCUGGGGCCAGUGUUGACGGUACGUGUCGGUGAUAUUUUCCUCCGCGGCAGGAAUAAGGUUCGAAGGAAUGAGAACAGGAUCUUCUUGCCAGCUGGACCCGGGCGAUGUGAUUUGCGGUGUAGUUGAUGAAGUACCAGGAUCAGCGAACUUCUUGCGUUUUUUGGCAGCAGGUGCGUCUGUGUUUUUAGCGGCGGGUCGUUUUCUAGUUGCAGCGGCGGGUUGUUGAUGAGCUAUGCGAAUAUGAGCGUUGUAAGGGGCGCGGUUGUGAAAGGUUUCGCCACAGGUUGCACAAGUAAACGUACGUUCGGCAGCUUGUUUGUCGUGCGCUUUCAGGUGACGAUUGAGAGCCGACUUGUCAGCAAACUUCUUAUCACAGCGGUUGCAUUCGUACGGUUUCUCACCAGUAUGGGUUCGUACAUGGGUUUUAAGAUUUCCUGAACGAGAAAAGGUCUUGCCACAAGUGUCACAACGAUAUUCUUUACGAGGCUUUUUGGCUGUGGGUUCACCAUCCCCGGAUUGAAUUUCCUAUAAUUAGUAAAUAUGACCUAGUCUUAGUGUAAAGCUCAACUAACAAGAAACUCCGAUAAACUCUAUUUGUCUACAAUGAGCGUCUCAACAACUGGGUAGAUGGUUUAUUUUUGAUGUUGAAUCAACAGAAUAAAUUUAAUUUUAUGUGUCGAUCCACGACAUAAUUGACUAUCAGAGAUAAGCGCUGCGCAUGGGUACUAUUAUAACUCUGCUAUAUUGCUAUAAUCAACUGCUUAGUGGAAAUAGCUUAAAUUGCUCUGAUACCUGUUUGAGUAUAUAUAAUACGCUGUCUAUUUUCUUCAACUCGGCUUGAUGAUUUGAAGAAUAUUAGUACACUGAGCAAAUGCUUUCAUCAAAAGAAUAGAAUAGAUUUCAAUAUGGGUCCAAUCAUCCGCAAAAAACGAAUUCACUUAUGUGAUCAGUGGAAAGGGGAAUCGAUCAAGAAUAAACUAUUUACGCCUUCAAAGUCAUAAAUAGUAAGCCAACUGUAACUUUUAUAUUCUUCCGACUCUUAUAAACGAUGGAGUGAAUGAUAGUGUUUUUUUUUUUGUUUUUUGUUUUUUGUUUUUUUUUUUUGGUAAACCUAAACAAUUUAGUUUUUAAAAGGUAUACAUUUCAAAAACUUUAAUGGGAACGUUUGCACUUCUACAUGGGGUAUCCUAAACAAGUGAACAUGAAAGAUGACUUACGGUUUCCGACGGGUUCCAAGUGGGUAAUUCACUGGUUUCGCCAGUCCACUGAAAAUGAACAACAGAAAUAUACACAUGAGUGAUUGAACAAUUAAUAGUGCAAACUUAAUUCCGUGAAAGAAAAUAAUUUUAUGAUCAUGAAUGCUUACCUCAUCAAAAAUAUUAUCCCGUGUAUCUUGCGCUGAUAACGGUGCCGACUCGUUGUUAUUCUAGAUAAGAAGAGAAGAAAUCAGAUUACUUUAGGUUUUGAAAUCUCGCUCAUUUUAAAGAAAUAGGUGGGCAUUGAACGAAUAAGGAGAUUCGUAAUGUUGUUUCAUCACUAAACAAUUCAUGUACGUUGCGUAUUAAAAAGGAAAUGGAGUUACCUUGUCUAGCGCCAUACGUUCCAUCGCAUUUACGGCCUGCAUUUCUUCAGUUGUAAACUGUAAAGCAAGGAAACAUAUUCGAUGAGUAUUAUACGACAACUGUCUACAAAAAUUUGAAGCAAAUCUAGUUUGGAGUCCUUUUGUUUCUUUAACGAGGAUAACAAAAGAUACGCGAUUUAGUUUAAUAGAUCAAAUGCAAAUCUAACCCAAGUCGAGUCUAUUAACAUAACGGACAUAAAUGAUGCGUGAACUUUUUUACACUUCGUGACAUAACAUAUCGGAAAACUUACCGAAUCGCUCAGUAGAUCGUUGACUUCAUCACUACCCGUGUCCUGAUUGAUUUCAGUCUGUGGGAGAGAACGUUAAGUAAAGAUUAAUGAAUACUCGUUAUUUCAACGUACAAAUUAAACGCAAACCGUCAUCAGGAAAGAACUCAGAGACGAAAUAGAAUACUUACCGGUAUCUCUUGGGCUGUGAGUUCCGACAGCCGAGCAUACGCCAUUGGGGUCCACUCAUCGCGUAUCAAAAUAGAUUCCAGCAAUAAUUCCCAAUCGUGGGUCGAGGAACAACCAUCCAAGAGAGCUUGAAAUUCGCGAACGUUGGUAAUGAAAGUCAUGAUGUUCAAAAAGUGAAAAAAGGUUUUCUCAAAACGAGCGAACUCGGACAAAUGUUCUCCUUAACAAAGCGAUUGCAAGAAUAAAAUGCUGAACGGAGAGCGCGCUUUUAUGUUGAACACAUAAUAGAUUGUUUACUAUCCAAUCAGGGUUAAAAGAGCCCGGGCAAGUCUAGGCAAGCCUAUUGUUCCUAUUGUAGUAGAGUGACGCUCAUUAGUAAACCUAUCCACUUCAUUAUAUAUGGAGGAAGACACUUAAUUAGUAUGGAGGAACCCAUUUUUUCCCUAGGUUAUAACAAUGGGUGACGUCAUUGACUAGACCCAUAUGCCUAUUAAUUAAGGGAAUCCACUUUCUGCGAGGGAAUCCAAAGGGAAUCCACCAACGGGGGUUAAGUUUGCUGAAGCCCUACUACUACAACAAGACGAGCCGACGACGAAAUUUGGUACAAGGUACAGCCCAUGGGAGAAAAUAAAAUCAACUCCAUGAUGAAGAGCAUCAUCUCCGGAACCAGCCUUGAGACAUCUGAGAAGCGAUUUUCCAAUCACAGUGCCCGUAAAACAGUAGUCAGCAAAAUGAAAAAGGCGAAUCUCGAAAGGUCGGCAAUUGCAAAAGUCACUGGUCACAGAAAUAUCCAAUCUUUAGAUGACUAUGAUGAAGCAGACGAAGACGAACAGCGACAGCUUUCGUGGGCCAUCUCACGAAAGAACAGCACACCGAAGCCAGCGGGUAAUACACCUGGUCCUACUUCAAGUGCAGUAAUUCCUCAUAAGAAGAGUUCACAAGCGCAGAAUGUAAUGAAUUCCUUCACCAACUGCAAUGUAACAUUCAACCUCAACAACAAGACUUCGCCUACCAUUCGCCCUUGCAAAUGGCGAUUGCUUUUCAUCGAAAGUGACUCCGAUACAGAUUGA